UGGGAGUUAUCCACCUCUCUCACUCGUUGUUCCAUAUGGGCAAUAGAGCCCGUCAAACUAUCUCUACAUGGGCAAUAGUGAUCCAUAGAAACCUGAAAUAGGUCAAGGCCAAUUCACACUUAAUCCAAAAGUUUCAAUCUUUAUUUUUUAUUUUUCAUUCUGCCGCAGCUUUUCUGUUUGUGUUUGUCAUGAUUCAUAAACACUGAUAAUAUUAUUUCGAAACGAAUUUGAUUUCGUUCAAAAACCAUGAAUUCUCAAAUCCAUCUCCUCAAACGUUGCUCUGCUCGAGUUCUUCGUAUCCACCCCUUUUCUUCGACCCCUUUGCCAAAUUCUGUUUCCGAUAUCGAUUCCCACUUAGUUUCCCUUUGCCAAAGUCUUACUCCACGAAACGCCAACCACGCCUUUUCUCUCUUUCAUAGUGCCAUAGCUUCUAAUUCUCUUCCUUCUGGGUUUACCUGCAACGCACUCAUGGCUGCUCUCACCAGGACGAGAAAUUACCCAAUGGCUUUAUCUGUUUAUGGUAAGAUGACUUAUGCAAAUGUUUUUCUGGGUUUCAGAUCACUUUGUUGUUUAAUCGAAUGCUUUGUUUAUACUCGUGAAGUGAAUUAUGCGUUUGGGGUUCUGGGGUUGAUUAUUAAACAGGGUUAUGUAGUUAGUACCUUUGUUUUCAAUGUUAUGCUCACGGGGUUGUGUCGAAUUGGGGAUGUAGAGAGAGCAAUUGAGUCGUUUCAUGAAAUGAAAAGAUUUUCGGUAUUACCAGAUGUGAUUACUUAUAAUGUGCUCAUGAACGGACUUUGCAAGAAUGAGAAAUUUGAAGAAGCGCUUCGAUUUCUUGACGAAAUGGAGGUGAUUUGCCAGCCGAAUAUGGUGACAUAUACGACCAUGGUGGAUGGGCUUUGUAAGGGUGGAAGAUUACAAAUAGCAGAGGGUUUAUUGGAGAGAAUGAAGAAGAAGGGAUUGCAAGCGGAUGUUGUUAUGUAUAGUGCAGUUAUAAGUGGUUUUUGUAACAAUGGAAAUUCCUCUAGGGGAAAAGAACUCUUCAAUGAGAUGCUAGAGAUGGGAAUUUGUCCUAAUGUAGUUACAUAUAGUUGUUUGAUGCAUGGUUUAUGUAAGGAAGGGCAAUGGGAGGAAGCAAAGGCAAUGCUGAAUCUUAUGACGGACCGUGGUAUUUGCCCUGAUGUUGUCACUUAUACAUGUUUGAUCGACGGGCUUUGCAAAAAUGGGAGAGCUAAGCAAGCCUUGAACAUAUUAAAUCUGAUGCUAGAGAAAGGUGAAGAACCUAAUACUGUCACUUAUAAUGUUCUUCUAGAUGGUCUGUGCAAAGGGGGACUAAUAGAGGAGUCCUGUAAAGUCAUGGAUAGUAUGAUCAAGAAGGGGAAGAAUCCUGAUAUUGUUACUUAUAAUACUUUGCUCGUAGGACUUUGCAAGGAUGGGAAGGUUGAUGAAGGAAUUUUACUUUUUAAUUCAACAUUGAAGGAUAACUGCCAUAUUAAACCUGAUAUUGUCACCUUUAAUAUGUUGAUUCAAGGGCUCUGUAAUGAAGGUCGUGUUGAGGAGGCUGUGGAGAUCUUUAAUACAAUGACAGAACAAAGAAUCUAUGGCGACUUAAUGACUUUCAAUUUACUAAUUGGAGGUUAUCUCACAGCAGGAAUGAUCAACAAGGCUAUGGAAAUGUGGAAGCAUGUAUUAAACUUGGGGUUUGUUCCUAAUUCAAAUACCUACAGUGUAAUGAUUAAAGGACUUUGUGGCUUGGGUAUGAUUAGCAUUGCUAAAGGACUUUUUGGCAGAAUGAGAAUACAUGGGCCUAAUCCAACUGUGAUCGAUUACAAUACAUUGAUUUCAUCCAUGUGCAAGGAAGGUAGUAUAGAACAAGCUAAGAGGUUGUUUCAAGAAAUGAGUAAUGUAAAUCUAGAACCAGAUAUUAUUACAUUCAAUACCAUAAUCAAUGGAUCUCUAAAAGCUGGGGAUUUGUCGUAUUUCCAAGAGCUACUAAUGGAAAUGGUUGGAAAAGGCUUAGCUCCAGAUGCUGUAACAUUUUCAACUUUAAUUAAUCGAUUAUCAAAAAGUGGUCUGAUGUCUGAAGCUAAAAUUGUUUUUGAGAAAUUGAUUGCUUGUGGCUUGACUCCAGAUGUCUUUGUAUAUGAUUCCUUACUAAAGGCAUAUCGUUUAAACAAUGAAACUGCAGAAAUUAUUGGCUUGCUCAACGAUAUGGCCAAAAAGAGUGUUGUUCUUGACCAAGAAUUAACUUGCACCAUCUUAACAUGCCUUUGCCAGAGUUCAGAUCAUGCUGCUAUCUUGGAUUCCCUGCCAAACUUUUCACAACCAACAUCGGAUGGAAAACAAAUAACAUGCAGUGAAUUGUUGCUUAGACUUCAUAAAUCUCAUCCAGAGCUUAAGUUACCUGUUGAAAAUUAAAGACCAAAUCUAAUUUCUUAAGAUCAGACUUGGUAUCUUAUCAUCUGUUCUCUGCGAGUCCUUUAUUCUUGCUAUUUCAUAUCCUUGAUCAAGGUUCACCUCCCAAACAAUCUUUUUCAAGAGGAUGUGCUCAUGGUGCUACUAAAGAAUGGUGGACUAAUGGGAGCGAGUGUGGUUCAAUGUUCCAUUGCUAUGGUGUUGACAGUGUCGAUCUAUGAUGAGGAGUCUUGUAUACAUUUAUAGCAUUUGAAGAGGAUGUUCAGCUCUACACUUCUACAUUUAUCAUCACUCUUGUGGGAAGAAUUCUGUUGGUCCAUUGGGAUAAGGCUAUGUUGUGUUUGGCCCCCAUCUGCAUUUCUCAGCAACAUCUGUUGGGCAUGUUCCAAAUCCAGAAGGGUAGAAACUGUAAAAGGUAAUCAAUGCUUUCCACUUUCUCUUUAUUGGUUUGAAGGCAAAGGAGAGGCAGGUCGCAUGGCGUGGAAAUGAAUUUACGACAUGUCUAUGAGUGAUCGUGAUUCUAAAAUGAUUCAUUUUUGUGAUUUUUAAAAAUCACUCUAUAAAAUGUUUUUACAUAUUCAAAAUCAAUUUUUACAGCACUGAAGAAAAAAUGUGUUUACAAGUUUCAUUCAACAUGACAAAAGUAAAUUUAGUUAUUUCAUUAUCACUCGUAAACAUGCACUUAAAACUGGCGAUAUAUUUAAAACAGAAACGUUAUCAAAAAGAUCUCUAGGAUGAUCUCUAAGAUUCCACAGUUUUGCUGGGAUUGAAGACAAGUUAGGAGAUUUUGCUACGUCAACGGAAGAAGCUAAGUUCUUGUUCUUUGUUGUAAGCCUGUGAUUUGAAAGAUGAUUUUUUUCUAUUGAAUUUAGAACUUAAAUAACAUUAUUGUACAACUUGUGUGUGGAAUAGAUCUUGUUCGGCCUAUAAGUUAAAUAUCUUACCAGUCAUCUUAGCAACUAAAUAUUAAUAGGGUUAGAUGGUGGUUGUUUGAGAAUAGCUGAGACGUUCACAAGUUAACAUCAACACUCUUUUUUUACAUUUAGUGAUGUUACAACUUUAGCUUUGGUAGACCCAUUCAAAA